CACAAAACAUACAAGAGGAUGUUCUGUGGUGUCAGCAUAGAUAAUUUACUUUGACGCUUUAUUAAUUGAUAUAGGUUAAGUUACUAAUAUUCAGUUUUCACAAAUUCUAAAUCAAUUAUAUUAAAUAGUUAUUGUGAAUUACCCCAAAUUAUAUUUUUAUAGUCGAAUCUAGACGAUGUCUCGUUCGUCAACUCGUUUUGAUGUCAAGAAAGUUAAUUCUGAAUUAGUAACACUAACUUACGGAGCUCUAGUAGCACAGAUGAUUAAAGAUUUGGAUAAUGUUGACGAUGUAUCUAAACAGCUUGAAAGAUUGGGUUACAAUAUGGGUAUACGACUCAUUGAAGAUUUUUUAGCUAAAACUGGCACGGGAAGAUGUUUAGAUUUAAAAGACACCGCAGAUAAAAUUCAAAGCGCGUUUAAAAUGUAUUUAGGAAUCCAACCUAAUGUAACUAAUUGGAGUCCAUCAGGCGACGAAUUUUCUUUCAUAUUGGAUUCGAAUCCUUUGACAGAACUGGUAGAGCUUCCCGAUGAUUUGAAAUCUUUGAAAUAUUGUAAUUUAAUUUGCGGGGUUAUUAGAGGUGCUCUUGAAAUGGUACAACUAGAUGUACAAAGUUGGAUAGUGCAGGAUCAAUUAAAAGGUGAUCAAAAUACGGAAAUAAGAGUCAAGUUUAUCAGAAGAUUGGAAGACGCAAUGCCAGCCGGAGAAGAUUAAUUACCAUAUAAAAAAUUUAUUAUUAUAUAUAAUUGAUAGUUUAAAUUUUAUUCCAUUUUUUUAUUGAAUAUUUAUACUAUUUAUUUUGAGGAAAAUAAAACAUAUAUACGUCAAAUAUAAA